CAAGAUCAAGAAACGACAUUGCGCAAUUGCCCAUUGAGCCAUGCCAAAGUACAGCGAGAUUUCGCCUCAGGACACGGUUCAGAACGGGGGGGCAGAGGUUCCGCAAAAUAGAGGCUGCAGUAUUUGGCCUCAAUAGCUUCCCCAUGCAGGAUUUGAAAAGUCAAUCGGCAAGAUAGGUGACCUGGACACACUGAAAUACAAAUCAGCAGUUUUGCUUGGGAGAUUGAAGGCUCCGAAGCUGAUGAGACACUUGAUGACUACCCUUUUCACAUCGAUUCUGUUUGGACGAACGGAUCAAUUGCUGAUGUGCACACGUUGACCAUGAAGUAAAAGCGGGACUCGGGACUCUGUCUUCUGCCUACUUGGACAGUAUUUUGGGUAAAAGCGGCAGACGAACGGUUUUUCACGUCCGUCGUGUUGUUCGGAACCAGUUCAGCUCUUUUGAAUUUGGCACAAGCAGAAGCGCUCCGGGAUGUUUGUGACGCCAUCAAACGUUCUGUAGCUGCCGAUGAGAACUAACGUGGACAGAAACGCUGCCAGUACCGUUUUACGUUCGACUUGACUCACUGAAGUGUUAUUAUGGCUCAUUCUCACACAAGCUUGCCACUGUUGUCUUAGGGCGAUAGCCCUCCAGAUCACAAGACGAUCGACAAGUCUGACGUUCCUACUUGGUGCGCGCAUCCUUUGAAAACGCCCUCGUCACAGCCAAAUAUGUUGCUUUUUCCUGGAGAGAUGACCCACCAUGCUGGGAUGCUGGCGGCCUGUCAGCAGCUGCCCUUGGUGCAGGAGAUGAUGGAACUUGCAACGGAAGCCUUUGACUUUGAUGUACAACGGGUCUUCGAGGAGUGUGCGCCGGAAGACUUUGCAAACAGGACAGACAGAAGUCAGAUGCUGGCGUAUGUUGCUGACUGUGCUGCCUAUGAGCUGUUUCGACAACAGCAACCAGAGGCAGCAGGCAAUCCUCGCGCAGUUGCCGGCUUUUCGGUCGGUGAGAUCGCUGCAUUGGUUGCUGCUGGCAUCAUAUCCUAUGACCAAGGUCUCACAAUUGUCAAGGCACGUGCAGAAGCCAUGCAGCGGUGGGUAGAUGAAGAAGAGAUGGCCGCCCUGGCAGUUUUCGGCAUGGAGGAGGACCAGCUCAAUCAUUUAUGUGCUCGGGUGGAUCCAGAGGGUAAACCUGCACAGAAGGUAUUCAUUUCGCAUUGCUGGGGACGCAAGGGCUUUGUAUGCUCGGGUGCUUCAGCGGCUGUGGAACUUCUGGAAGUCCUGGUUGAGAACGAGGCUCAACAGGAGGUCGUAUACAAGCAGCGACUGGAAUUUCGCUUGGACGCAGGACAUACUCCGCUUGCAACAGCAGUGGCAGCUGAGGUGGAGGAAGUGAUAAAGAGCAUUCAAAUGAAUCCACCGCAAUGUGAGGUCUAUUUCAAUUGCGGCUUUCGAGUUGCUGCUGGGGAGGAUCCUUCAGUCUUUGCACCCUAUUUGAUCCAGCAGCUGCUCAUGCCCUUGCGUUGGGAUGUGACCAUCCGAAACAGCUUGCAGCGCGGGAUUCGACGCUUCUUUGAGUGUGGGCCAGGGCAAAGCCUCAAGGACUUGAUGAUCUUCAAUAGCUUCACGGCGUCGCCUUCUCAGACCAUCAGGCCUGCUGAGUUGACCACACUUGUGCAGUGCUGAUGCCUUUGAAAGCCGGAAAGCCGUGCAUGAUAAAAUCGCGCGCGCGCGCGCUCGCUCGCUCGCUCUCUCGCUCUCUCGCUCUCUCUCUCUCUCUCUCUCUUUCUC